AUGCAGCCCCAACAAACUACCUUCAUUCCUAAUAAUGGAGUUGACUCUUCUGUUCAAAGGGACUCUCUGAGCCAUGAUAGCAAACAAAAUGAAAAGCUAGCUGACGGGUCCUUCUCAGAUGAUACUGAACAUUCAAGGAGCAUUACAAACGAAGAAAAGUCAAUUGGUGUGAGAAAAGCUGAAAUAUUAGCUCUUCAAUGGGAUAAGUGGUACUAUAAGUUAAUCUUGUUAUUUUCUGCAUUUCUUGUAGGUUAUGCAUAUGGUCUUGAUGGAAACGUAAGGUACGUGUUCACUGGGUAUGCCACCCAAUCUUAUGCAGAACACACCUUGUUGAGUACGGUGGAUGUUAUAACGGCUGUGGCAAUGGCAGCAGCUCAGCCCGUCUAUGCCAGGUUAUCUGAUGUGUUUGGUAGAUUAGAAAUAUUUUUGGUGGCCGUCAUGUUUUACGUUGUUGGUACAAUUAUAGAAUCUCAAGCUAAGGAUGUACAGCGUUAUGCGGGUGGUGCUAUCUUGUACCUGAUUGGAUAUUGUGGUGCAAUAAUUACAGUCAUGUUCAUAAUGGCUGAUUUUUCGAGCUUGAAGUGGAGGUUGUUCUUCCUUUUAACGCCAACGUUUCCGUUCAUCAUUAACACUUGGAUCUCAGGAAAUGUAACUGGGGCAGUAGGAAUGAGAUGGUCAUGGGGUGUAGGUAUGUGGGCUUUCAUUUUUCCUUUAGCUUGUAUUCCAUUGACUUUAUGUAUGAUACAUAUGAGAUAUUUGGCCGGAAAAACUGAAGAAUGGAAACAGUUCAAAAUGAGGAAAACAAAAUACCAAGAAUUAGGUUUGUGGGGAUUCCUUAAACAUUUAUUCUGGAUGCUUGAUAUAAUUGGCUUGCUCUUAUUGAUCGCAUGUUUAGGUUGCAUACUUGUUCCCUUGACAUUAGCAGGGGGUGUCAAAAGUACAUGGAAACAUGGAAAUAUAAUAGCACCGAUUGUAAUAGGAGCAGUUCUUGUCCCAGUUUUCGUUUUGUGGGAAGGAUAUGGGUCAAAGCAUCCUAUUGCUCCCUUGCAUUUGCUUAAGGAUAGAGGAAUUUGGGCCGGUUUGUUAAUUAGUCUGCUUUUAAACUUCAUUUCUGCAGUAGAAUCUUCCUAUUUGUACACCGUCUUGAUGGUUGCAAUUAAUGAAAGUCAAACUUCUGCAACUAGGAUUACUUCACUUUCGUCAUUUGUCGGAGUCGUUGCUGGUGUCUUUUAUGGUCUUUUCGUAGUAAAGUUCAGAAAAUUGAAGGGAUUUAUUAUUUUUGGUUGCGCUAUGUGGAUGGUCGCUUUGGGUAUCUUAUUCCAUUUCAGGUCUGGAACUGAUUCUCAUGCUGGUGUUAUUGGAGGUGUUUGUUUGAUGGGAUUCGGUACAACUUUCUUUUCAUACCCAGUGGAGGUGUCCAUGCAGUCUUGUACCAGCCAUGAACAUAUGGCCGUUAUCAUUUCCUUUGCCAUGACAGUAUACCGUAUUGGUGCUGCUGUUGGGUCAUCUGUCGCUGGAGCAGUCUGGUCCCAGACAUUGUACCUGAAAUUGUUGAAAGAGAUAAAAAAUGAAAAAUUAGCAUUAUAUGCUUAUACAGAACCAUACAAUUUUAUCGUUGAAUACACUUGGGGAACUCCCGCCAGAGAUGGAAUGGUCGAGGCUUACAGAUACAUCCAGAGAAUUUUAAUCAUGAUCGCCCUUAUUUUCUGUGUUCCUAUGAUUUUUUCAGGAUUAUUCUUGAGAGAUAAGGAGCUCACGAAUGAGCAGAGUAUCGAGGAAGUCGAAAAAGCUAACAAAGAUGAGAGCUUUUCAAUGCUGAAAUUGUUUGAAUUCAACUUAUUUAAGCGCAAGAGGUCAUCCAAAGAGACAUCUGAUAUCCAUUUUUAA